AUAAUGAAGAACUUGUUAGUAAUGAUAAUGAUGAUGAGUUAAUAAAAGAAUUGCAUAUGGAUAUUGAGGCACUCUGCCUUCGAAAUGUAAUGGAUCUUAACAAUUUUAUUAAUUAUCCGGAAGAAAGUGAUACAACUGAAAUAUUAACUGACCAAGAAAUCCUGAACCUAACCACUAGUGUGGUACCUGAGGAAAAUCAAAAUGACGAUGAGGAUGACAGCGUAGAAAUACGCCAGAUUACUCAUAAUGAAGCACUAAACGCCGUAGGCUUACUUGAACAAUACCUUUUCCAGCAGGAUUUUGGUGAUAUGGCUCGAUCAGAACAUGACGAAGCUCUAUCUAAGUUACAGAGGGCAAUAAGGAAAUUCCGAAAUGCGUCUUUGAGACAAGUUGAUCUUGAAGCCUUUUUCAAAUCAGUAGAUUCUUAA